UAAAAGUAAACCCCUUUAGAAAAUAAUGAACUAGCCCGAUGAUGUUGCCUCACAUGUUGAUGACGUAACUCCCUAAACGUUCAAAAUGGCGGCGACAAACGAAAGGGUAAUUUUUGAGAAAGAAGGUGUGUUUAUUCACACUGCCGUGGCCAACUCAGAUGACACCCUUCUUGCAGGAAAGGUGUCAUUGGUCGAGAAGGGUCUGGAGGCAUAUGUCGACUGGAAACCCACAGAAACGGAGACUGACUUCAGCCCAGAGUAUGACCCUGGUUGUGAACCGGACUGGGCGGUUAUCAGUCCCACCAAUGCUAGUAUCCACCAGUCACAGCCGGUUGCAUCCGGUUCUCGCCAGUCAGGAUGGUGGAUUCGAUGCCCUGCUAGACUGGAAGGCAGUAGAGGAGUCUAAUUUUGAGGUACAGGGAAGCGAAGGUUCAGGACAGCCUACCUGGGGAACGGUGAGCUUUCACAGAAGUGCUGCGCAAACUGUGGCAAGUCCUGAGUCGGUGAACUUCCAUGCAAAGAAGAACAGAUACGCCAUCAACUUCUCUCUCUUGGAGCUGAAGUCCAUCCGCCGGUCCAGCCCCAGCCUGGGCUGGUCCUACCUGCUGUUCGUGCUCAAGGACGGCGCGACCUUACCAGCCCUGCACUUCCACGAGGGCGGCAGCAAGGCCAUGAUGAAGGCCAUGGAGAAAUAUGUCAGCAUCACAAGGUCCCCUCACGACAACCGACUGUUCGUGGUCACCCCGAACGACACGGAGGCGCUGUCUCGGUCCUUUGACGAGCUACAGCUGUUUGGGGAAAGUUCUGGAGACCUCGUGUCUAACACCAAUGUUAAGGGGAAGGCCACACGAUUUCUGAGGGCGGCGGGUCAGACAAAGAAGAAGUUCUUCCGAGACCCGUACACUACAACACUAGGAGGCUUCUCCAAGGUCACGAACUUCCUACGCGACACGCUCAUCGCGCCCAAUGGCCAUCCUACGCAGAGACCGCCCGACGAGAUGGCAGACCUGCUUAGCGAAGAACUGCCCGGUCUGGACAUCCAGCCGACGGAGAACGAGUUUGACCUGAUCACAAGGGCCAGUCUUGGCCCCAGACCCGAUGUGGAACGACGACAGCCCGUCAGUCCUGACCAGUGGAAGAACCACCAGGAUGGGGAGGGCAGAAUCACCAGCAUUCCACUGCUGCUAGAGGCAAUCUUCAGAGGGGGUAUUCACCCAUCCCUGAGAAAAGAGGUGUGGCCAUUCCUGUUAGAGUAUUACAAGUGGGACUCUACACACAAGGACAGGCUGGAGCUCAGGAAAAGAAAAGAAGAUGACUACUUCCGUAUGAAGCUGCAGUGGAAGUCCAUCACAGAGGACCAGGAGAGCAGGUUUACUGAGCUCAGGGACAGGAGGAGUCUCAUUGAGAAAGACGUAAACAGAACAGACAGAACACACCCGUUCUUCGAGGGAGAACAGAACCCCAGUCUGACCCUGCUGUACGACAUCCUCAUGACCUACUGCAUGUACAACUUUGACCUGGGUUAUGUACAGGGCAUGAGUGACCUGCUGUCCCCUAUCCUGAUGGUGAUGGAGAAUGAAGUGGACGCCUUCUGGUGCCUGGUGGGAUUCAUGGAUAGAGUGCACCACAACUUUGAGACAGACCAGCAGGGGAUGAAGACACAGCUGAUCCAGCUCCAGACUCUGGUGCACUUCCUGGACCCACAGAUGUACACCUAUCUAGAAUCGAAGGAGUCCGCCAACAUGUACUUCUGUUUCCGCUGGCUGCUGAUCCAGUUUAAGAGAGAAUUCUCCUUCCCAGACAUCAUGAGACUCUGGGAGGUCCAUUGGACAGACUACCUGUGUCAGAACUUCCACCUGCUGCUGUGUAUGGCCAUCCUGGACACCGAGAAGUCAGCCAUGAUGGACAACUACCUCGGCUUUAACGAGAUCCUCAAGCACAUAAAUGACCUAUCCCUGCACAUAGACGUAGAGGACAUCAUGAAGAAAGCAGAAGGCAUCUACAUACAGAUCGCGGAAUGCAGGGACAUUCCUAAACCAAUCAGAGACAUCCUUGCCAUCAAGUCGGAACGUGACGCCGACAACGGAACGUCGACAACGGAAUCAGCGGAUUCUGGCGGUUCCGCUAGAUCUGCUGACAGUAGCAUAGAGAUAGUGCCUGAUCAGGAAGAAACCACUUUCUAGAUGGGGGGUUUCCGAAAAGUGCUGGCAACUG